AUGUCAAGCACAUACAACGUGGUUGUCAUCGGUGCAGGCGAGAUCAACUUUGGCUCGCCCGAAGGUCCAUGGAACCAUUCGGCAAGGCUAGAACAUAUCUUCAAAGACAGCACUAUUGCCCUUCGCUUCCUCGUUCUGGUAGAUCCAAGCGUUGAACGUGCUGUUCAGCGGAUCAGAGCGAAGCAAGCGUCAGUAGAUAUUGGCUGCAGAUCAGCCUGGGGACCUACCGCAGUGUGCGCAAGCAUUGCAGAGGCCGCCUCGUAUCUGGCCACAAAGGGCGAGCAAGACGUCGACCUGGUGAUCCUGGGCUGCCCGCCGCACUUUAGGGGCACGCUGGAACAAGGCAAGAGGGCUGAUGUCGAGAUGCUGGAGCACCUGCCCCAAGCAAGAGCAUACCUUGUCGAGAAGCCUGUAGCGGCUGUCAAUCCAUUUGUGGACAACGACGGUGACGAGGUCGCUCGACGAUUCGAAGCCACGUCAAGCUUAUGCAGCGUCGGAUACAUGCUGCGAUACAACAAGGCGAUCCUCAAGAUCCGCGAGACGCUGAAGGUCAAUGGUCUGACACCUACAUGCAUCAAUGCAAGGUACUUCAUGGCCUACGAGCACGCCCGCAAGCUAGAUUGGUGGAACAAGUCGCGAUCCUGCGGACCGGUGGUAGAGCAGGCUACGCACUUUAUCGACCUGAUCCGAUUUCUCGCUGGUGAAGAGAACGAGGCAUUGCUAGACACUGUCAAAGCAACCACCGUCACGCACAACGAGACAGUGGGAACGCUAUCAAAACUUGGAUUCGACGAGUCUGUGAUACCAUCUGAAGAGAGAGUACCAAGGAUCACGAGCGCCUUUUGGAAGCAUGAAAAGGGCACGAUCGGGUCCCUUACGCACGGCAUCACUCUGCACGGCACCACAUACGACACAGAGAUCGAGGUGCUCGCUGAUGGAUGGAUCCUACGAGUACGCAAUGCGUACGAUCCAGUCUCAACAUUGGCGAUACGACGCCCAGGCCAGGCAGAGGAAGAGAUCAUAAAGAUCAAGGACGAUCCCUUCCUGAGCGAGUUCGAGUGCUUGACACGAGCUACGCAGCCAGGAAUUGCCGAGAUGAAGGGUGGAGAGGAUGUGCCGACCGAGCCGCUUAGUUCUUUUGCGGAUGCACUCAAGACAUACAAGCUAUCAUGGAAGAUCCGGCUGGCUGCCGAAGAAGAUGCUGCUACAUCGAGAUGA